UGGCACGGAGCAGAGCCACCUGCUCUCCUGGGCGGGCUUGCUGGGAGGCUGGUGGAAGAGUGGAAGGCUGGGCAGAGUGGGCUGCGACUGAGCGGAGGGAUGCGCGGUUGGCGGGGGCAGUGGGAGAGGAGGUGGAGAGAGCGAGCGAGAGCGCGGCUGAGGGGGGCAGCAGCAACAAGAGGCGAGGCAGCCGCAGGCUCGCGAGCUGGAGAGGCGGCGGGAUCUGGGAUGUCACGCCGGGCUGCGUAAACCUGUGUAUGUUACUUAGAAGCAAGUCCUACCGAGUUCAGCAGGACCUGCACUCAAGAGAAAUCCUAAAUCCUACUUACCUCAGUGAAAAUGGCACUUAGUAAUCUGACGCAGAAGGCUGUAUCACUUUACGAUGAAUGGAUUAAACAUGCUGAUCCGCGAGUUGAUGGCUACCUGCUCAUGUCUUCACCUAUUCCACAGACACUUAUUAUUGCUGCUUAUAUCUAUUUUGUCACUACUUUGGGGCCAAAACUCAUGGAGAACAGAAAAGCUUUUGAUCUGAGGCAAAUAAUGUUUUUAUACAACUUUGGUGUAGUGGCUCUUUCAGUCUAUAUGACUUAUGAAUUUCUCAUGUCUGGCUGGGCCACAGGCUAUUCAUUUGGCUGUGACAUUGUGGACUAUUCCAGUUCACCUAUGGCUCUAAGAAUGGUUAACGUUUGCUGGUUGUAUUACUUCUCCAAAUUUAUUGAAUUGCUAGACACUGUCUUCUUUGUCCUCCGAAAGAAAAAUGGCCAAGUUACUUUCCUGCAUGUCUUUCAUCACUCAAUCAUGCCUUGGACCUGGUGGUUCGGUGUCAAAUUUGCUCCAGGUGGUUUAGGGACAUUCCAUGGCAUGUUGAACUGCAUCGUGCACAUAGCCAUGUACAGCUACUAUGGGCUUUGCACACUGGGACCAGCUUUUCAUAAGUACCUGUGGUGGAAAAAAUAUUUGACAACCCUGCAGUUGAUCCAGUUCUUAAUGGUUACCAUCCACAUAGGACAAAUCUACUUCAUGGAUAAUUGCCCUUAUCAGUAUCCAAUCUUCAUGUUCAUCAUCUGGUUAUAUGGCUUUUUGUUUUUAAUCCUGUUUCUGCAUUUUUGGUACCAUGCUUAUACAAGAGGCCAAAGACCGCCAAAGGUUAUGAAAAAUGGGAUUAGCAAAAACAAAGCUGAAUAAAGCACUCUGCCAGAAACACGCAUGUGUUUUUCUGACUUGUAGUACUUGACAAUCAAGAUGCUUUGGUGCACAGCACACUAUGUGUUUUGUAUAUGACUUUCCAAAACAAAAGGAAAAUAUGUAUUUUUAUUAUAAAUUAUUUGGGAUUUAAUCUUUAUGUAGGAAGAAGGGUAAACCUACUGCUUAAAAACCACUGACUGCAGUUUUUAGCAACCUUGUACAUAGACUUUCCCCCCAAUGUAUCAAAGAAAUGAAUACUUAAUGGCACUCUGUGCACAAAUAUUCAUUAUGAAUAUGAAGUGUGUCUGAUAAGUAUACUACAGUACUUUGAACACUGACAAAGAUACAUUUGUUUUAAUGAAUGUCACGACUUACCAGGACUGCAGUCUACUUUUAACUGAUGGAAUACAAUUUCCUGAAUGAUCUAUGUGGGCUAUAGACCUCAUUGUUAAUACAUAUACUGUAAAAACAAUUAAUGUGUUUUAUACAAACUGAACCAUAUUAAAGACUGAUUCUGAAGUCUGGAAAAAU